CCAGGUGGAGUGAGUCUGAGGCCAGCAGAUGAACAGACAGAAAUUGAAAGAUCCCCAAAAAGGAUGAGCGAGAGGGCUGCGCGGAACUGGAGCACAGGCGGCUGGCUGCUGGCACUGUGCCUGACCUGGCUGUGGACCCGCCUGACCUUGGCUGCCUUGCAACCUCCCACUGCCACAGUGCUUGUGCAGCAGGGCACCUGCGAGGUGAUUGCGGCUCACCGCUGCUGCAACCGGAACCGCAUCGAGGAGCGCUCCCAGACGGUGAAAUGCUCCUGUUUUUCUGGCCAGGUGGCCGGCACCACGCGGGCAAAGCCCUCCUGCGUGGACGACCUGCUCUUGGCUGCCCACUGUGCUCAUAGAGACCCUAGAGCUGCACUCCGCCUCCUGCUCCCACAGCCUCCAUCGUCCUGCAGAGAUGGUGGUGUCAGAUGGAGCCCUGCCUGCCGGGGGAGGAGUGUAAGGUGCUCCCGGACCUGUCGGGAUGGAGCUGCAGCAGUGGACACAAAGUCAAAACCACCAAGGUCACACGAUAGCUCUUGGGGGUCACAGCCUGGACAAGAAAGGCUUGAUUGAGUCACGGACUGAAGAUUGGUAUCCGGUCAUCAGCCAGGAAAGAUGGGGAUUCACUUACAUGCCUCAUGCCAAAUGCAGCAUCAGUCUUUCCGGGGCAUUUCAGUUAAGCCGCUCAGCAGAUAUGGAUGGAUCUGCAACCACAUACCUAGUGUGGAGCUGGGUUUCUCUGGAGAUACGAAGGUCAACACACAAUUCCUUCCCUUAAGGAAUGUCUAGUUGAAUUGGAGAGUUGAUGACAGACAAUUUAGAUAAUUUAGGUUAAAGUACUUGAUACCAGACCGUGGCUUCUGGGCCACAUGCUAUGGCAUGAUGGGGGUUUGGGAAUGAGAUUCCCACAGUUCUUCAGAUACCCCGUGGCCACAGGGCAUAGAGACAAGAGGUCACAUUCAGCACCCACCACCUCCCUCUUUCGCAUCAGUUCUGAAUCCCCAGCAAGCUGCUAACAUGUUGCAGGAAAACACUCUGCCCUUAUCCCAGACCAGCGGUAUCUCAUUUGGAUGGGAUUGGAUUGACUUGGGGAAGGAAAGUAAAAAUGAAGCCAAAUAACUUCCCA